AUGACAUAUGCUGGUGGGUACUUUGUUUCAAUGCUUGCCACUGAUAUGAGAUUUAGUAGCAUUACGAUAAUGAUCGCAGAAGGGUUAUUUCAUCAAAUGGAUAUCACAAAGGACUACCCACCUACACUAUUUGUGCACAUGCCCAAAGAUGAAGCUAGCAAGCAGCAGAUAGAUGCAAAUCUUAGGUUUUUGAAGGAAGAAGGCAUUGAUGUUGCAGAGGUUAAAUGCAUGGAGUUCCCGUUGUCACCAAAUUUCUUAGCUGACAGGAUCCCAGGUCUUGAUAAGACUAUUUCAAUGAAAUUAUUUGAUCUAUUCCGGGACAAGGGCUUUAUUGACAAGAAUGGUUAUAUGAGAGCUGAUGGGCAAGCAAUAUGUUUGAAAGCUGCUCUCAGGGAGAGUAAAAUUAUUCCGCCAGAUGUGCACUUUGUUGGAAAAAUGGUUUAAUAUAGACAUAUUUUUGAGCCCAAAUUAGAGUGGAU